AUGGGGUUGAUGAUGACGAUGAUGAUAAUGAUGAAUGAUGCCGAUGAUGAUGCGCAUGAUGCUAAUGACGAUCUCGAUAAUGGUGAUGAUGCUGGCAAUAGGUAUGAUGAUGACGAUGAUGAUGAUGAUAGUGAAGGUCUUGAUAAUGACAACGACGAUAAUUGUAAUGAUGAUGACUACGAUUAUCGUGAAAAAGUUUUUGGUGGUGUUUAUAAUGAUGAUUACUGGCACUGGAAAUCAGAACUAUCAUAUAAAAUCCAAAUUAUACAAGGUUUUGGUCUCAAAAUAAUCUACGUCUAUGUACAAAUUAUCCAGAGAAAGUUCACCUUAAUAGAAACACUAACAAAAUCCAAAUAUCUACAGCAUUCUCCAAUUAUUCCAAAUAAUUCAAUAAUUUUAUAA